GCAGAUGCAAGAGGGAGCGCACGGGGGGAGAGAGCGGCCGCGGGGAGGCGAGCGCGCACGACGGUGUGGGGGAGAGCAGAGGAGCGCAACCAGGGAGCAGCAGAGGGAGCACGCGAGCGUCGAGGGGUGAGCGCGCGAGCUGAGUGCACGACCGAGCAGAGGGAGCGUCGGGCCGCCGGCUGUCGGCAGAGGUGAGCGUGAUUGCGCGAGUGAUGACUGGAGCGCCGCCGCCAACAAAUCAGGUGGGAUGGGUGGAUGGGAGGGAGAGUGAGUCACGAUUUAUGGUUUAUGGGAUUUGUGGGCUGUUUUAGAGCCCGUUUUAGCGCGGAGUCCGAAGCUCCAGCCGAAACGAAGAAAAUUUCAGAAAUUUCGGAAUUUCGGUUCCAAAAUUGCGAACCCUGAACUUAAACUUUUGUUUGACCAAAUAGAGAGCAUCAUCAAGGAGAGAGAAGCGAGACUGCGAGAGCGCCGAGAGGCAGAAGGGCUGGGGCGCGGCCGCGCGGGGAGGCGUCAAGCAGUUUAGCAGCCAUGAGCGGCGGCGGGCUGGAAGUGCAGGUUCACGUGGUGGGCGGCGCCCGGAGCUGCUUUGCCGCGCUCCCGCUUCACCUCAUCCACGACUUGGAGCGCACCUCAGCCACCGGCGACCUCCCGCCCGUCCUCGCGCUCGAACUUCGCGGUCCCGCCGGCGCCCGCUGGUCCCUCGCCUGGUCCGGCGCCGCUUCCCGAUCCAGCGCCAUCGAGGUUGCACAAGAGUUGGCAGACUGCAUCUCGCUGCCUGAUGGAACUAUAGCACAGUUGAGCGUAGCUCGUUCUCUGGCCAAAGCUGACUCGAUCAGUAUUGAACCCUACAGUGAGGAUGACUGGGAGAUACUGGAGAGCCGUGCUGAUUUGGCUGAAGAAACAAUCUUGAAGCAGGUUGGCAUCGUUUAUGAGGGCAUGAAAUUCCCAUUGUGGUUGGAUGGACAUAAUAUUGUGAAGUUUGUUGUCUUGUCAUCUUUCCCUGAGAAGACAGUUGUUCAACUUGUACCAGGCACUGAAGUUGUUGUUGCACCUAAAAAACGAAAAGAGAAGCCUUCUCAGGAUCUACAAAAGCAAAGUGCACUGAAAGAACAAGUCAAAAUAAAGGCACUCCUGCGUGUUCAAGCAGCUGAUAGGAAGUAUGCACAUACAUUCAAAUAUGAAGGUGUCGAGAUAGGUGUGGUUGUCAGCUAUGCUGUGCUAAUUCAUCCUGAUACAGCUGCAAGUAUUUCAGUUGGCAAUCUCCAAUUAGUCGCUGUUUCACCUAAAUCAUCAAAGAAAGGACUACCUCUAAAAGGCAAAGAAGUUGGACGAAAAAAAGGAAUUUCAGUAACUAAAGAAAGGUCCCAUGAAGCCAUUGUUUAUAUCUUACUUUCAGACUCUGUUGCAAAAGGGCAUGUUAUGCUUCCGUACUCUAUUCGUCACUUCAUAAGUGCUGAUGUACAUUCAUGGGUAUAUAUUAAGACAUAUUCAGCCAACAUCAAGGAGGAUGAACCUCUAGUGACAAUAUCUCCUUUAAAGUUCAAGAUGCAUGUGAAAGAUGCUCAUGAUAGCAGUAAAUUAGUCAGUCAGGAAGUGGACACUUCGAGGAUAACCAGAAUUCCUUCAGAAAAUGGUGAUUUCUUCCAGAAAGCUCGUUACAGUGAAAACAAAAAUAUUCGAGGUGCAGAUAUUGAGAGCAUUUCUGAAUCAGUGUCAAGGCAGAAAUUUUUUAUUAAGCAUUGGCUUAUUGGGCACCUUAAAGAAAUGGGCUUGCAUGCUAGCCAUACUGAGAUGAAUUCAAUAGUCUUGCCAACCAAUAUUUUGCUCCAUUUGGAAGCGACAGAUAAAGAAGGAACCAAAGGAGUUGAAUUCUUAUACUUUCUAAAGCUUACAUCUGAAAAUUCUAAUUUCAACGAUUCACAACUUAAUAUUGAGACUACUUGGAGUGUUCCAACCAGCAAUGCUGAUGAUCUUGAACUGCAUUUUGGGAAGUUCGAGCUUGGCGAGCCUGUAUCUUUUGAUUCCCUAGUGGACAGUGGUUCCAGUGAUGGUUUCAAGCUGACUCGGUCUUCUUUAGGCUGGAUGGAGAAUGCAAUGUCAGAUGUGACAAAAAGGUUAUCUGUGCUCUUAUCAGCAACUAGCCUAAGGUUAUUUAACAGAAUAAAGUUCCCCUUUCCUGGACAUGUUAUUGUAUAUGGACCUCGAGGUUCUGGCAAAACUGCUUUGACCAGGGCUUCUGCAAAAUACUUUGAGGACCAUAAAGAUAUCUUGGCGCACAUAAUAUACAUUGAUUGUUCCAAACUUGCACUUGGCAAGGCUAAGGAGACAAGGCAAGAAAUUGAAGACAGCAUGUCUGAAGCACUGCUUCAUUCACCUUCGAUCAUCAUAUUUGAUGAUCUGGACAGUGUAGUUUCAGUCUCCUCAGAUCCUCAAGUGUCUCAAUCAUCCAGUUCUUCUGAUUCACUUGUUCAAUAUUUGGCUGACAUUAUGGAUGAGUACAAGGAUAAGAUUCAAAAUACAUGCGGGUAUGGACCUAUCGCGUUUAUGGCUUCAGUUCAGUCACUUCAGAGUCUUCCUCAAGACUUAACCUCUUCUGGAAGAUUUGAUUUCCAUAUUGAGCUUUCUGCUCUUGCAGUACCUGAGCGCAAAGCACUAUUGCAACAUCAAGUUGAGGAGCAUGAUUUAUUGUGUUCUGAGGAAGUUCUGUCAGAGAUAGCAUCAAAAUGUGAAGGUUAUGAUGCAUAUGACUUGGAAAUUUUGGUUGAUAGGGCUGUGCACACUGCUGCUUAUCGCUUUCUUCUGCCUUCUAAUGCUUGUCACAACUCUCUGAAACGAACUUUGUUGAUGGAAGAUUUCUUUAAAGCAAUGCAUGGCUUCCUUCCAGUCGCCAUGCGUGAUCUUAGGAAAUAUGCUCCUGAUGAUAAAGAUGGUGGUUGGGAGGAUGUUGGAGGGCUAGAUGAAGCAGUAACUAUCAUUAAAGAGACUCUUGAAUUGCCGUCAAAAUACCCAAAUAUCUUUACCAGGGCACCUGUGCGGUUGCGGUCAAACAUUCUCCUGUAUGGACCACCUGGAUGUGGUAAAACUCACAUUGUGAGAGCUGCGGCUGCUGCUUGUUCUUUGCGAUUCAUUUCAGUCAAGGGUCCAGAGCUAUUGAAUAAGUAUAUUGGUUCAUCUGAGCAAUCUGUUCGCGACUUUUUUGCAAAGGCCGUUGCUGCAGCACCUUGCCUAUUAUUCUUUGAUGAAUUUGACUCCAUUGCACCCCAGCGAGGAACUCAUAGUGCAGGAGUUUCUGAUCGUGUAGUUAAUCAGUUCUUGACGGAACUGGAUGGUGUGGAAACCUUAACUGGAGUAUUCGUAUUUGCAGCUACGAGCAAGCCACAGCUAAUCGAUGCUGCGCUCUUGCGACCUGGAAGGUUUGAUCGUCUAGUCUUUUGUGAUUUCCCUCGAUGGGAUGAACGUUUAGAAAUUCUGAAGGUGCAUUCUAGGACGGUUUCACUGGCAAGUGAUGCCAGUCUCGAAGAUGUUGCUUCUCUGACCGAAGGAUUUACUGGUGCUGAUCUCGCUGCUAUUCUAACGGAUGCUGGACUAGCUGCAAUUCAUGAACUUUUGGACAACCAGGAGAACGGUGUUCCAGAAACCGAACCGUGCAUCAGCAAAGAACUUCUCAUGUCCGUCACUAGGAAGGCAAGACCUUCCACACCAGCAGACGAGAAGAUGCGGUAUGAUAGGGAGUUUGGUGAAUUCGUGUCAUCCAGGAAGUCUAUUUCGACAAAGGCAAGAGAGUCAAAAGGCAAAAAGGUUACACUAGCUUGAGCCUUUCCUUGGCCAAUAUUAAUGCGCUGCAAAAUUUGGACAGUGGCCUACAUGAAGGCUGCUAACACGCGGACUUGUCAAGUCAUGCGACGUAGGCUUCCUUUCAUUUGAAGAGAAACAAAAUCUACAAAGAAACCUAACCAAGGCUCACUUGUGUUAGUGUACUUGGAUGGAGGAGGAAGGCCAUUGGAGGGACCUGCAGGUGGUCAAAGGUGUCAUAGUAGGAAAUUUUGUACGGUAAUCCUGCUGUAAUUAAAGUUAUAACACUUGUCACAAAUUUUGUACGGUGGUGAACGGUAGGAAAUCUAUACUACUUAUUAAGAAGGUAAGAGUAGUCUGCCGUUCUGCCCUCCCCCGUUCCGCGCGCAGAAAAAAAAAAUCAAACCGUGGCUUCUCAGGGAUCAAACCUUGGAUCUAUUGAGCAGAAUGUAUAGCCUUCUACCCUCUAGCCAACGUGACUCAUGUUGAAUUGCGUACAAGUUCAACUAA